AUGAAAAAAUUCCGUGAGUUGCUUGCUGACUCAAACGACUUCUACAUUCCCGAAGUGGUGGAUUCGCUUACCACAGAUCGAGUUCUCACUGCAGAAUAUAUCGUAGGAAAACCUGUUGAUCAAUGCGUGAACGAACCACAAAUUGUUCGCGAUUACAUUGCUGCAAAGUUCAUCGAACUUUGCCUUCAUGAGAUUUUCAUUUGGAGAUUCAUGCAGACGGAUCCAAAUUGGUCAAAUUUUUUCUUGGGAGUUCAUCCAGUGACAGGCAAACCUCGUAUGAUUCUUCUUGAUUUUGGAGCGACUCGUUCCUACAGUAAAACAUUUGUCGGACAAACUCUAUAUGAACAUAAUUACACUAGGCCAGACAGCACAACUUGA